UUUUUUAGGUAGUUAGCUAGCUAGCUCUUUAGCUACAUUUCAGAGUUCAGAACUCAUUUCCAAACACAACUAUAAAUACCGUAGAAGAAAAUAAAUCGAUACGUUGGUAUAAAUAGUUUAAGUUUAUGAUACGUCGCUAUCAACCUCCUGAGCCGAUGUGAAACAGUGCAGCUGUUCUUCAUGUGCCAUAAUUGUAGCUAACCAGCUAACUUACCACGCUUGCUAAACGUGAAAGGCAGCUUUACAAGGCUUUUUGGAUUGUUUUUUGACAAGAAUACACCCCUCUCGUGGUAAAUGUUAAUGUACAUUCGACUACAUUGUGACACCUGGCAGAGUUAAAAACUAGUUAUGGUUUUGUAUGAAUUUAGUAUCGAGACGCUAAAUACAUAAUUAGUGGUGCUUCAGUAGAAGUGUAAGAGGAAACGCUGCUAAAUGGUGAAGAUGGUGAAUUUCGGGAAUAAAGUGUGGUGUGGGAUGGAGAAAGGUUGUCGUCACCUUCCCAUCAUACUCAAUACAGCUCUGGUGGUUUCCAUCACGGCUGAAGUGAGCUAUCUGGUGUUGAUGGAGGCCCCCCUGGACCCAGCACUGAAAGCAUCAGAGUGGUCUGCUCACUGGAAGACAAUGCAUCUGCUGGCCCAGUACUUCAUGCUGGGGAACAUAACAUGGAACGCCUUUUUGUUCCUUAAAACCAGCCCAAGUAUCCGUGGAGUGUUUCUUAAUGGAGAUAUCGUGGGGCAGGGUUGGAGGUACUGUUACACCUGUGAGACACACACUCCUCCAAGGUGCUCGCAUUGUUAUGACUGCAAAGUGUGUGUCCUGCGCCGGGAUCACCACUGUGUCUUUUUCGGCCAGUGUGUGGGCUUCCGCAAUUACCGCUUCUUCCUGAGCAGUCUGCUGUUCAUGUGGGCUGGCCUGCUGUACGCUGUGGUGAUGAACGCUGAGGUCUUUAUUGUCAUCUUAAAGGAAGGUGUUACUGUUCACAGCUUCAUGCUGCUCAUGGUGCCAUGGAUUAUGCUGGUCACUGGUCAGGUGACCGCUCAAGCCUUCACCUUUGCCUUUAUUGCCGACGCAUGUGUUGUGGGCUUCCUGCUGGUCUCCGCUUUCCUUUUUUUCCAUGUGGGCUUGAUGCUGAGAGGGCAGACGACGAGGGAAUGGUAUUCAGCCCGGCGGCCGUACAGUCUCGGAGUACUUGCCAACGUCCGUGAGUGUUUGGGAGAGCACUGGUACUUCUGCUGGCUAUGUCCUCUUAUUCCCUCCUCCCUUCCCGGCGACGGCAUCAACUUCAAAGUCACUGGAUCUCUUGAGCCCAAGCAGUGAAGGCUCGGCGCAGCUAAGUUGGCUGUAAUUUUGAAAAGCUUUUGAUUUCUUCUUCAAAUCCUAGCAAGCUAUGCUGUAGAGACAAGCAGUCUGAUUGGUUGUGCACAGCUGUCCAUGGUCAAAUUAAGCCAGACCUGUUGGUAAUGUAAAGCGAUUGAACGUUAGUAGAUUUGAAGCAUUGAUCGCACUAACUGUGCACUGAAUGAAUAAUCUACCAGCUACUUUUAAACAAUUACCAGCUCACCUUGCAUCUUGGGUACCAGCAAGAAAUCUUCAUGUUAUUUUUUUCCCAAGUUAGUUCGCCAAAUCAAUGUAUAUAUAAAUGUUUUUUUUGUUUUGUUUUGUUUUUGUUAAAAUGAUUUUGAUGGAAUACAUAUGUAUUGUCC